GGCUGCCCCUGUGCAGCACUGUGUGAUGGGCUGCCGUGGAAAUAUUUUACAGAAGCCUUGGAUGCUGCUUCUCUCAGGGAUCCUAAUAAGUUUUUGUGUGACGGAUAUUGCUGCAGCCCCGGAGACUGGGAAAUGGACAGUUACCAUUGUCAAUACAUCCAAACCGUUUUUCAUAAGAAAAUCCAUGUACAGUGGAACAGAUAUAACAUUGAAAGUAACACCUGUCAGCUGUCCAGAAGAGAUGAAAUUCACCAUUCAUUGGUUUUUAAAGUUCUACCCUUGUCACAAUGAGUUCAACAACCUUGAAGAAAUGUAUGAGCGGACUCCUCUAGCCAGGGGUGAUGGUCUAGACCCCAGUCCAUUAGGUCAAGGGGAAUACCUUGAGCAUGAGUAUAAACCCAUAACUUGCAAUACGGAUAUGUCCAUGUUUCCCGGUCUAAAUAAAACAAAAGCAGAACCCCGCAUUGUAGAACCACCAGUGCAAGACAGCACAGUGCGUAAAGAAAAUGAUACCAAGUGGUUGACUGAAGAAGUGGACAAACAGGGAGUUCCGGCUGAUGUUAUUGCUACAACAUGGAGGGACGGUCCUUACUUGCUGGUAGUGAAGAUAACGUCAACCAAGCCAGAAACUGCCUGGAAGCUAACAGCCAGUCUGGUGAUGAAGGGCACACAUGGCUACAUCUCUGUCACCGAGUGGCCCCUGAUGAUUUUCUACAUGGUGAUGUGUAUCGUGUACAUCCUCUACGCGCUGCUCUGGUUCGUCUGGGCCGCCUGCUACUGGAAGGACCUGUUGAGGAUCCAGUUCUGGAUCGCCGGCGUCAUCUUCCUGGGAAUGGUGGAGAUGGCCGUCUUCUGUGCCGAGUACGAGAACACCAACGCAGUGGGGGAAGCCACCCAAGGCCUGCUGAUCUUCGCAGAGCUCAUCUCGGCUCUGAAGAGGACUCUGGCUCGCCUGCUUGUCAUCAUUGUCAGUCUGGGAUACGGUAUAGUCAAGCCUCGUCUGGGUACAGUGAUGCACAGAGUGGUGGGCCUCGGGGUGCUAUACUUUGCCUUUGCUGCCAUCGAAGGUGUCCUGAGGAUCACAGGGGGCCGGGACAAUGCGCCUAGUCUCAUAGCGAUCAUCGGCCUAGCCAUGCUUGACUCCGGCGCCACCUGGAACAUAUUUGUAAGCCUGGCCCAAACCAUCAAGACUCUGAAGCUGAGGAGGAACCCUGUCAAGCUGUCCCUGUAUCGACACUUCACCAACACACUCAUCUUCGCGGUCAUAAUCUCCAUCAUCUUCAUGGUGUGGACCACGAAAAAGUUCCGCUUUGCAGAUUGCCAGUCGGACUGGAUGGAGCUGUGGGUGGACGAUGCUUUCUGGAGGUUCCUGUUCUCCAUCAUCCUGCUGGCGAUCAUGUUCCUCUGGAGGCCCUCUGCAAACAAUCAAAGGUAUGCAUUCACACCUUUGAUGGACGACUCGGAUGACGAAGAGAUUGAGGAGUUUCUCGUGUCUGCUAAUAUGGCUGAAGGCAUAAAGCUGAGAGCGUCCAAGAAUGAGACUAAUGGAACAGCAGCCAAACCUGCAGCCAACCCAGAUGAAGACUUGAAGUGGGUGGAGGAGAAUAUUCCUACUUCGCUGUCAGAUGUGGCACUUCCUGUUCUUCUGGACUCUGAUGAGGAAAUUAUGACGACAAAAUACGAAAUGUCCAAGAUGGAGUAGUGCUCUUGGAGGACACAGUGCUACACUGGCCUCCUCAUAGUGGCUCCCCCAUCGGACAGACCACCAGUGCCCGCUCGAGAGGGACGUGUGUGCACUGAGCGAUGCCAGGCUGCUGUGGCUGAAGCGGAGAGACAGGGGCAGGAGAGGAGAUCUGCCCCAGCCAACAGAACUGACGGCGGGCGCAGGCCUCGAGCAUGUUUCUUUUCUCUAUUUUUUCUUUUUUCACUCCGAUGGUGGUGUUACCUCAAAGUUCCUUCGUGAAAGUGUACAAGUCACCAUCUUGCACCUGGUGAUCUGGCCAUUGUUUAAAAAUACUUUUAAACCAACUCCGUUCAGUAACGUUUUCAACAAACAAAGCUACCCUCAUUUUGUCCAUUAUACGAGGGAGCUGAAAAUCUUAGCAUAUCAUGACCGUUUCUGGUUUGUUUAUUUGUUUUUUCGCUUCUGUGUGUCGCGUUGGAAAGUUUGCGUGAAAGGAAUGAGUAACUUAAGAUGGAAUUGAUGAGUGGCAGUUCUGGUUGACCAAAGUCGAGAUUAUAUUUCUUUCUUCUUGUUUGCGUCUGUACACUAAGUGUUAUUUAUGUCGGUAUGAAGCAGGUUUGCUUCGGUUCGAAAAUGUAAUGUGAAAUACUGUAAAUGUGUCUGAGAUCAUCUGUGUGUCUGUAUGCGUGAGCACUCGCGCAUGUGUGUGUGUGUGUGUGUGUCUGUCUGUCUCUGUGUGUGUGUGUGUGUGUGUAUAUGUGUGUGUCUGUUUGUGCUUGUCAUGCUGUCACAGGCUGGGCCUCAGAGUUUAUAUACGUGUUGUGUAAGCUGUGACUUGAAAUAUGCGUAACUGCUGUGGGGCGUGAUUGUAGCUGCAGCGUAAUUGCAGCGCUAGGUGUGUUAGCUUAAAGGCCCUGCCCGUCGGUGGACACUACAGCAAUAUAAAUACUUUGAUUUUUAGAGCUAGGAUAGUCUUCCUUCAGCUCAUGGGCUUUUCUUUUCCCUUCUGCUCAUCUGUCCUUGUAUGUUGUUUAUGUAGAAGUGUACUUAACAAUCACAGAAACGCCUUGGUUAAUUUAUUUCUGCUUUUUUUUUUUUGUUGUUGUUAUGACAUGAACUCUCCUGAUCCUCGUUCUGUACCCCUACCUGUUUUAUUACUGUGCUGUACAACCUUUAAGAUUAACAUUUGUUCCUUUUUUUUUGGGUCAUGUAAAUAUGUGAUUGGAUGACUGUUAUACCUUUUCAAGUGAUG